ACACGAAAGACAGCUUAUGUUGCAAUUGCCCCUUAUGAUACUGUCAAAGGGAAAACGACAAAAGACAAAUAUCAAUCAAUAAACAAAAUUUUCAAUCAUCUUGAUAAUUAUACAGGACCUACAAUAAAAUCAAUCAAAAAAGACAAAUUCAUAGCUGCGUUCUUCAAUACUCCUGAAGAUCUUAAAGCAGCUUUAGAAAUUGACAUUCCUAUUCCAGACAAAGAACCAUACAGAUUCCUCGCACUUGAUAAUAUUAAACAAUCAUCAACUCAAGAGGCAGUCACUGAUGAAAAAUCCCGAACUAUACAGGUUAUAGACAUCCCCCUUGGUACACCAACAUCUACAGUUCGUGCUAAAUUUUCAAAAUUUGGGGAAAUUGAAAACAUAACUCCACAAACACGUAAUUUUUACCAACACGCUUUCAUUAAAUACAAAAACACUGAAGCAAACAAAAAAUUUGCAGAAGAAACAUGGAGUAUUUAUCUCUUGAAAGAUGCAGUAAGGGUCCUACCAUUAGAUCUUACACAAGAACAAAGAGAACAGAGACAGGCUCAUAGUUUCAAACUAGCAGGUUUACCUCGUAAUACUACUGCACGUGACUUACAUGAAAUUAUUAUGGCUGUCAAUGCUCAAUCUUGCUUCAUACCAAAGAAUCCAAGAACGUACUUACCACUCAAUUAUGCAUAUAUUGGCUUCGCAAGUGAUGAACAACUGGAGAAAGCAGUUUCUCAAGAUUUCUCAUUAAAUGGUCAUGAAUUAUAUUGGUGUUCUGACCAACAAAAAACUUGCCACAAAUGUGGAUCUCCUGAUCAUUUAGCAAAAGCUUGUACUGCCUUUAAACAACAGAGAUCACGAGAUCAAGUUAAACAGAAAUUAUAUGAAAAAUUCCGCCCACCACAACAUAAGAAAACUUAUGCAGAAAUUACUAAAAAAAAACAACAAAAAAAUCAACAACCACGCUCCAACCACAAAAAGAAUGACCAAAAUCAUAUUAAAUCAGAUAUCUUCUCCAAAGGAAAUCUUUUUCAUGAUCAUCUAGAAGAAAAAAACAAGGCCAUAUUGGAAAAAUUGAAAAAUGAAAUUAUGCAAUUUAACAAGGCUUUAGAAAGUUUGAGAGCAGAGAUGAAACAAAUGAGAAAAGAUAUAGAAAUUUAUGUUGCUCCAAAAUUGAUUAUAACUCCAACACCAAUCAUAAAUACAACUCAAUCACCACUUAAAACUACAUUACAACAACCCAUUAAACAUAAACGCAAUUUCACUGAAGUAACCCCAUCAUCAUCUUCUGAUACACAAGAUUCAGAAAUUGAACAAAUACCUUCACCUAAGCAAAUAUUAGCAAGACAAGAUAAUUUAGAAAAUCAAAUUGAAAAACAAGCUAAUAUUUUGCAUCGAAUCUACGAUUUCAUGAAUUCUGUUUCACCCACAGAAAGUCUAAACUCAUAUGCUAAACAACAACAAUUAGUUGAUAUGAUGAAUUCAAAUCAUAUAGACUGUUUAGGAUUAUCUGAAACAAAAAUUGCAAAUAAAAAUUCAAAACAUAUUUAUAAACAACACCAAGAGUUUGUCGCCUAUUUCAAUAAUGAUAAUAAUACAACAAUGGGCACAGGUGUUGGAAUACUCCUUUCGAAACAACUUGCAAAAUAUGUACAAAAAGUAACUAAACAUAAAGGCAGAGUAAUAUACAUUGAUCUAUUCUUGAAAGGGAAGAUCAAACUACGAAUCAUUCAAAUUUAUUUACAUGCCAACACCACAGGAAUACAACAAGAAAUCAAAAACCUUUAUGAAUAUAUUUUCAAUACUCUCGAAAACUCACAAAAAAACCAUUUCAAAAUUAUACUAAUGGGAGAUUUCAAUGUGAAUUAUGAAAAAUAUUUAUCUACCUAUCACUCCAGAGGAUCUCACAACUGGAGAUACAACAUUUUCCACAAAUUGGAAACAUACAAUCUAAAUGAAACCAUUUCAUUAUUCCACAAUAUUACACCCUCUAAACCAUAUCACACCUUCUUUCCAAAAAGCUCAAAUAAGAGUUCAAGCAGGAUUGACUAUAUUUGGAUCUCACAGGAUUUAAUAUUAGAAUCAAUUAACAGUGAACUUUAUGAAAUAGAUACUUUCAAUACUGAUCAUAAAGCAGUAUACUUAAAUUUAUUUCCAUAUAAUUUAAUAGGAAACAAACAACAUGCAACCCUUAGACAACAACAAAUGAAAAAAAUAAUCUUUCAUUAUGAUAAAAUGACAAAAGAUGAAUGGGAUGAUUAUGGAAAUUAUGUAGAUGAAUUAAGUAAAGAUAUAUUUCCUACUCUUAUUUCAAAUACAGCUGACUUAAAUCGUGUUUGGGAUUCCAUUCAAAAAUGCAUCAAGGAUGCUGCUAAGGAAAAAAUUUGGAAUUCUACAUCAACAAUACAAAACAAAGAAAAAAAGCCACAAAAUUUGACAGAAAUAAAUGGAGAAAUUAGAAAAAUUAAUAAAAUAAUUCGUGAUUUCAACAAAAAAAAUUUUAAUCCUCCCAAUAUUAAAAUUAUCCAAAACCAUUGGAAACAAACAACAGAAAUUUUACAUAAUUUUGCAAAAAAACACAAGUAUGAUUUGAGCCUUCCACCAUCUAUAGAUAAUAAAACAAUAGAAACUUUUCGCAUUCAAAUCAAAGCUUUCCUCAAAAUUUUAAUGCCACAAUUUAUAACUCAUAAUAUACAAAAUCUAAAGGGACAAUCAAUAACAUAUCCUAAUUUGAAUACUCAAAGUCAAGAAUGGGUAGUAAUCUGGAACCCUAUGAUACAGAAUCCAAUUUUUGGAAAGAUUAUAAAAAAACAUCCAAAUUAUAAUCAAAUAAUUAUUGAGCAUUGGAUAAUUAAUAAUAUAUUUUCAACAACUGAUAUUCCAAUAAUUCAAAAAUGCAAUGGUUGUGUUAUUCAUCAACAAAUCAUCAUAUCUGGAAUUAAAUCAUGCACAAAUAUAUAUAAUCCAAUGUAUGCAAUAGUCAUCAAUACAAAAAAAAUUUCUGCUUAUGAGCGUAGUCUUAACUAUACAAUAGCUGACUUAUAUGCAAAAGCAAAAUUUGUCAUGGAAGUUAAUCUAGGUAUAAUUAAACCAAGCUUUCAUAUGCCUACUAGAAGACAACCAGAUAAUAACCUCAUUAUAAAAUUCGUGGACAAUCCAAUUAUACAAAAUCAACUACUACAGCACCAAAUAAUUCUAGAACCUUAUAAAACCCUGGAAUUUUAUACAGAUGGUUCUUUGACAAAUUUGGGAACACAUGAUAUAUCUAUGGUCUGUGCUUAUAUACAAACACAUACAGCAGCACCACAAUUACAAUUUACUGCAAGUUUAAGGUCUUGGCCCUCAGCAGCAAGAUCUGAACUAAUAGCAGUGGUAGCAGUACUAUUAGUCUCUCCUCCAAAUGCAAAUAUUAGAAUUUAUACUGAUAGUAAAUGUACUAUUGAUCAAUAUGAACAAUUAACUUCUACAACUUUUUCUACAUCUCCUCGCAAUAUUUUUAAACAACACAACAACAUUGUUUGGAUUAUACUUCAUGAAAUUUUAGAAAUAAAAAAAAUUGAUAUUAACUUUAUUAAGGUCAAAGCACACAAUGGAAAUCAUUUUAAUGAAAUGGUAGAUUCAUUAGCCAAAAAUGCACACACACAUGAUUUCCCUCCUUUUUCAUUUACAACUGAAUUUUUACAAUCAUUAAGAUAUAUACCUAAAUGGAAUAAUAUUAUCAUAGAACAACAUUUACGACACCUCAUUACAAAUAUUUCAUACAAUGGGGGUUUUGAAACCUGGCUAAAUUUAUAUAGAAACAAAAAAUAUCGCCAAACUUUAAUAGAUUGGGAACUGACUUUUGAAAUUCUCAACACCUUUGAAAAAUCAACAGAAACAUCAUUUACUGCUUCAAACAAGAAAAUUUCAAAAAUCAAGUUAUUAAUUGAAGAACUUCCAACAGUUGAACACAUCAAAAAACAAAGACCAGAUCUAUAUAACAAUUGGAAGUGUCCUUUAU